AAAUAACAUAAUUUUUAAUGGUAAUAAUAACCAGAUUUGUUGUCUUUAUGUUACUAAUUAUAAAUGUUCUAUGUCAAAAUAUGUUAUGAUUUGAGGAAAUUUAAGGCAUUGACGGUACAUUUCUGCGGCUAAAAAUAGCUGGCACAGAGAACUUCGGAAGGACAGCUAGAAAAUUUACUACGAUUAUUUGCAUAACAGGUUCAGCCGCUGUUGUCGGAGACGUGGUGCCAGGCGAGGCAGGCGGCGAGCGGCAUGGCCGACGGGGGCCUGCGAGAGGCGCUGCGCGAGUCGCUGGCCUGCCAGCACGAGGCCAUGCACCGAGCCCUCCAGCUGCAGGCGCUCAACGUGCAGCUGGAGGCGGAGGCGCGCGAGAAGGACGCCGAGGCAGUGUCGCUGGAGGCCAGCUGCAACACGGCCGUCAGGCAGAGGAGGCAGGAGCUGCUGCGGCAGGAGGAGCGACUGGAAGAGGCCCUCCAGCAGGUGCUGGGGCUGGAGAAGGAGGCGCUGCACCUCGCCGCGGACAACAAGAGGCUGACGGCCGAGCUGGAGCAGACCUGCGGGGACUGCCAGAGGCUGCAGAGGUUCCUCGACCAGUGCCACCAGGAGAAGAAGCGGCUGGCGCGCGAGCUGUCGCAGCACGUGGCUCAGCGACGGGACCUCGCGCUGGAGAUCGACCGGCUGGCCUGCGAGAACACCGCCCUCAAGGCGAGGCUGACGGAGCUGCAGGUCCGGCAGUGCAAGUAGACGAGCCCGCCACUGCCGCUGCUCUCGGUGUCCGCGCACCAGCAGUUUAGUAACGGCCCCGACUCGUACCCACAAGCCUUCAAGAUUAGUACAUUUCUCUGUCACUGAUGUUGCAUCAAGACGACCAGUGCCGUGCAAGCGGGGCUCCAGGGACAGUAUCCAAGGCGAGAAGCUGGGGAAAGGUCAAUGACCAGUCGCUACCUUGGAUUUGUGACGUCACGGUUGCCAUAUUACGCGAAAUUAACAUUGAAUAGAAACACCUUGACAGAAAUAUGUUACGCCGAGUGAAAAUUGACACCCCGAUACGGUGUACCUACACCUAAAAACUAAAACUACAAUAAUAUUUAAAAAAUUUUUUUAAAGCGUAAUUGAAUAAAAAGUAUUUUCUACUCCAUGGA